AUCACUAAAAAAGGAACAUAAAUAAAGUAAAAAAGGUAUUAAAAACUACGCUUUAUUAUUGUCCACACUUCUGAAGAGUGGAAAAAGUUGGCUUAAAAAUGGGACAAAUUUCUUUUGAAGACGAUUGCGUAGUCCGUGAGUUGGAUAGUCGAUACUAUGGCUUUCUUGACUUGUCGAAUUCUAAAAAUGCAGAAGUACGGAAUUUAGUUCAACAGACUGUUACGAACCUGCAAAACUACAUUGCAAAUGGCCAAAUUCAUGAGUCCAAGAACCUCAAUGAUAACAAAAAUGCCAUACAAAAGUACGAUACUUUAAAUUCAGCAGGUGAACAUAUGGACAACUCAGUGUCCCAAAAUAAUGAAGACACCAAACCUCUCGAUAAAGAAGUAAACGAAAAGACUUCUAUUUGUGAUGAAAAACCACAAGAUGAACAGUACGUUAACGCACUGUGUAAGCUUGGUCACCUGCAUCUUCUUCUUGGCGAGUACUCGGAAGCUCUAUCUGCUUACCAAAAAUAUAUGCGAUUCCGGGAGAAUAAUUACUGGACAAACCAUGCAUUUAUUUACGGAAUAGGCGUUGCUUAUUUUAAGCUUCGCUGCUUUAAAUGGGCCAUCAAAUCGUUUCAGGAGCUUUUAUACCUGAGUCCCAACUUUACAUGUGCAAAUGAGGUUCAUUUGCGUCUAGGUCUUAUGCUAAAACAUUGCGGGGAGUUUCAUAUUGCAUUGAAACAUUUACAAUUAGCGCUGCUUUAUACAUAUCCUUCAACCUUUUCAGAACUUCAGGUAAAAUUUCAAAUCGCGCAUUUGUACGAAGUCCAAAACAAGCACAAGGCGGCAAAGGAUGGCUACGAAUUUCUUCUAAAUGAAAAACAUAUUUCUUUGGAACUAAAAGCAGAUGUUUAUCGACAAUUAGGAUGGAUGUACCAUUGCGUAGAAUGCCUAGGCGAAAAAAAGGAACGUGAAGCAAACGCACUGAGUUUUCUUCAAAAGUCAAUUGAAGCCGACCCAAAGAGUGGACAAUCAUUAUAUUUACUAGGAAGAUGUUACGCCGGCAUUAAUAAAGUUCAUGAUGCUUUCCUAGCAUAUCGAAACUCGGUGGAAAAAAGUGAGGGAAAUGCAGAUACGUGGUGUUCGAUCGGAGUUUUAUAUCAGCAACAAAAUCAACCGACGGAUGCACUUCAAGCUUACAUAUGUGCUGUACAAUUGGAUAAAGACCAUAAAGCCGCGUGGACCAACCUGGGUAUACUUUAUGAGAGCUGUGGUCAAUUACGAGAUGCCUAUGCUUGCUAUUUAAAUGCAACCAAACAAAUAUCAUUCCAGAAGUCUUCAUUAUUUCGAAAAAAACAAGCAAUACGCAUGAAAAAGGACACAAUUGGAUUGUCGAAAGGAUUGUCGCAAAGAAUUACGUUUCUAGAGGGCCAGCUCAGUCAAGCACCAUUGCCAAGUAUUACAUCGAAGCGCCGCCAGCUGUGUUCAAUUGAAGAAGCUUGGAACCUGCCAAUAUCACUAGAAAUGAACUCUCGCCAACAACAAACCGCGCAGAUGCUACCAAGACAAAUAACAAAGCAAAGUCCAAUACAGGGGCCACCACCACCUUAUCCACACAGCCAACUCAGCCAAAGUCCCAUACCUGCAAAACGUAUUAAGGAAGAUGGCGCAAGCCAACAAGAUUUAACACAAAACAAUAUUCAGGCUCAACAAAAUCUAAUAAACAUUUCAGAGACCUUAAAUCAGCGCAAUUUCAACGCCAUGCCAGAGAGUAACAAGAUUUCGGAACAAAGUGUUGUGGACACUUUCGAUGAUAUCUCGAAUGAUAUUUACAAACAGAAUGAGAAUAUUAAACUUGAACGUUUAAGCCAUGAUGCCUUGAGUAAUAAUGAAGACUCGAGACAAAAUGAAUAUAUUGGUGAUGGCAUCGCGGACCUAUCGACCACGUUCAAAAUACAAAUGGACUCAAAACAGUUGAUGGCAGCUGUGAAGUUGCUUCCGAUCGAUGAUCCUCCAGUGCACUGUACUAUUUUGCAAGUGAACGCGCCCCCGCCAUCUCCGCCCGAUUGCCCACCGCAGAAACUCACGAGGGAUCAACUCCUGCCUCCCACUCCCUCAGUUCAUUUAGAAAAUAAGAAGAACGCAUUCAGUCCCCAGUUGCAGGAGUUUUGUCUCAAGCAUCCAAUCGCUGUCGUCCGCGGCCUGGCAGGGGCUCUGAAGUUAGAUCUCGGUCUCUUUUCGACCAAAACAUUGGUGGAAGCCAAUCCAGAUCAUAGUGUUGAGGUCCGAACACAAGUUCAUCAGUCUCCCGAUGAAAAUUGGGACACUUCACAGGGCAAGCGAGUUUGGGCCUGCAUUUCUCACCGGUCUCACACAACAAUAGCCAAAUAUGCUCAAUAUCAAGCAUCCAGUUUUCAAGACAGCCUCAAGCUUAUUUUACCGCAGGAUGAAAGCGAUAAAGGAUUCCCAGGCUCACAAGCAAUGUCGGACUCUGAUUCCAAGGACUCAGUAUCCAAUUCAAAUAUUGUUUUAAAGCGUAAAAAACACAAAAUAAACAGCAAAAUGUUAAGAUUCGGAACCAACGUUGACCUCUCCGAUGAGAAGAAAUGGAAACCACAAUUAACGGAGCUACAAAAACUGCCAGCGUUUGCGCGAGUAAUUUCUGCUGCCAAUAUGCUUUCCCACGUUGGACAUGUAAUUUUAGGCAUGAAUACUGUGCAACUAUAUAUGAAAGUACCCGGAAGUAGGACACCUGGGCACCAGGAAAACAACAACUUCUGCUCAAUUAAUAUCAAUAUCGGUCCAGGGGACUGUGAAUGGUUUGCCGUACCAGAUGCCUACUGGGGCGGAGUUCACAACUUGUGCGAAAAGAACAACAUCAGCUAUUUACAUGGUUCUUGGUGGCCAGUCUUGGAAGAUUUAUACAAGGAAAAUAUUCCAGUAUAUAGGUUUAUACAAAAACCGGGAGAUUUGGUUUGGGUGAAUGCUGGAUGCGUACAUUGGGUUCAGUCUGUAGGAUGGUGCAAUAAUAUUGCGUGGAACGUUGGACCAUUAACAGCCCGCCAGUAUUCCCUUGCCAUCGAGCGCUAUGAAUGGAAUAAAGUGCAAGCAUUUAAAAGCAUUGUUCCGAUGGUUCAUUUAAGCUGGAACCUGGCGAGGAAUAUUAAAGUGUCCGACAGCAAACUUUUCGAGCUGAUAAAAAUGUGUUUGUUGCAAACGCUGAAAAAUGUGUUGCACAUACAAGAGUAUGUUAAAUCGAAAGGCGUGGAAAUUCGUUUCAAUGGACGAGGGAAGAACGAGGCAUCACAUUAUUGCGGACAAUGCGAGGUUGAAGUAUUUAAUGUAUUGUUUAUUAAAGAGCAAGAGAAACGACAUGUUGUUCACUGCCUAUCGUGUGCCCUAAAACUGUCUCCGUCGCUCCAGGGUAUUGUUUGCCUCGAGGAGUAUCGCCUGUCUGAGCUGCAGCGCGUGUACGAUUCUUUCACUCUACACCGAACCCAAGGACUAGCAUACACUCAGUAGUUGUAAAACAAGAAAUCAUUUUUAGAUAAAAAAGAUUUAAUAUAUGUAUAUUUUACAACAUA